AUGAUCGAAACGCCCAUACCUGUAGACCCCAUUCCGGUUUCAAGUCAGCUCCACGCCGACGAUGCUUUCGUCUCCUUGACGGUCAGUACGGCCGAAGCCAUGAACCCGACUCGACGGAAUACAAUGGAAGACCGCUACGUUAUCCACGCCCCUGGCACGUGGAAUGCUCCCGACCCCGACAUGGCGUAUUUGGCGGUGUAUGAUGGACACGGCGGCCGUGACAUGGUGGACUUUCUGGAACAUGGAAUGGCCUAUCACGUUGCCCAAGAGUUGACGGACCAAACCGACGACGCCCCAAUCACCACCAGGCUUGAAAGGGCCUUUCUUAUGGCCGACAUUCAUUCGAAACACGCAGGGAUCACAACAUCCGGGGCUACUGUAGCCGUAUGUCUCGUACAGAGAGACCCGUCCACUCCCCAGAAACUCCGUAUCUUUACUGCCAAUGCCGGAGACUCUCGGAUUGUAUUAGGUCACGACGGGGAAGCAACGCGUUUGACGCUAGACCAUCGUGUGGAUGAUCCGAAAGAAAUAGCUCGUAUCCAAAAAGCUGGUGGCUUCAUCUUCAAGGGCCGAGUUAUGGGGGUUUUGGCUGUAACUCGGAGUCUAGGGGAUCACAUUUUCAAAACCUUUGUCAUUGCGCACCCGGCGGUUCGUGAAUUAGACCUUCAACUGGAGAGCGGCUCCGUUGAACCCAGUUUUCUCAUCAUCGCCUGCGAUGGAUUGUAUGAUGUCAUGACAGACAAAGAAGCCGUCGACUUAGUGCGGAACUUUGCGGGGGAGAGAGAAGAUGCUGCACAGUUUUUGGUGCAGCAGGCACUGCGGAGAGGGACUACAGACAACGUAACUGCAAUUGUGGCUUGGCUCGAGUAGGGAAAAACUUUCACCCUACCACGAUGGGAAUGCAAUAAUUACAUUCUAAUUUGCUACGUAAUUUUCUGUUUCUUGUUC